GUCAACAUUCCAGAAGACGACGCAAACCUCAUGCCCCGGCAACUUCCCAGCGGGGACCUUUCCCUCUCUUUCCUCAAGUGCAGACCAGAAGAUGAAGGGAAGUACGCCUGCACUGCAAGGAACAAGCACGGAGAGAAAACAACUGAGGCACCAUUCAAAGUGAUCCCUCGUGAAGCAAAGGACCAGCCCCACUGUGGCCCGUCUUUCAUCAAGCCCCUGCAGGACAUAAAAGCUGAGGAGGGCAACCCGCUCGUCCUGGAGGCCGAACUCGCUGGAAAUCCUCUGCCUCACGUCAAGUGGUUCAUGGACGACCAACCACUGUCCACUUCAUCCACCGUUUGUCCAGCGUUCGAUGGGAGAAAAGCGACUCUGAGCAUAGCCAGCUGCCACCCGAGUCGCCACGCCGGGGUCUACGAAUGCCGAGCCUCGAACGUCGUCGGUGACGUCUGCUCACGAGCACUUGUCUCCAUCGUGGGGAAAGAGGCGCCACGAUUCGUGGAGAAGUUGUCCGACAUGCAGUUCUCGACCAACAAGCCGAUGACGCUCUGUUGCCGAGUGACUGGCGUCCCGACCCCCGAAGUGGAGUGGUUCUUCCACCGCAGUCCCGUCUACCCGGGCGUCAAGUACCAAGUGAGCAGGGAGGGCGAGAAGUGUCUCCUCACCCUGCCCCACCCCAGGAUCAAGGACACGGGCACCUACGAGUGCAAGGCCAAAAAUGUCGCCGGGAAAGCCGAGACCUCGGCCUACGUCACUGUCACCUCAGCGGAGUUGGAGGGUGAAGCACCUAUGUUCCUGAAAAAGCUAAAAGACAUAAGCAUUCCGAAUGGCACCACAGCCAAACUGACCGCCUGCAUCUGCGGGUCACCGAAGCCAGAAGUCAAAUGGUUCAAGGAUGGCCAACAGCUGAGUGCCAACUCCCGAAUAAAAAUGGAAGCCGAAUCAAACGGGGUGGUACGUCUGUUGGUGGAACAGGCGAUGAAGCAAGACGUGGGGACUUACCGGCUGUCCAUCGCAAACCAAUUCGGAAGUGAAACUUGCACAACGACUUUAAAUGUUGAAGGAGAUGACAAGGUAAAGUCAGACGUUCCAAAAAGAGAAAUUCCAAAAGCAGCGGUUCAUGGUCCUCCAACUCCACUAGCUCAUGCCCCGUACAUCUUCAAGAUGUCUGACGACAGCAUUUCCUUGGGAUGGGGACCCUCCAUUUCUCGGGGUCCACAACCCCCACCCACGUAUCGUUUGGAAAUGUGUCAAAUACCAAAUGGACAGUGGACCACCUACAAAUCAGGAAUAAAGGACACUUCUUGUGACGUCAGAGAUCUCUUGCCAGGUACCGACUACCGCUUCCGGGUCCGCGUGGAAAACCGCUAUGGCACCAGUGAACCUUCGCCAUACGUCAGUGCGCACAGAUCUCGCCUGCUGCACAGACCCGCCACGCCAACAGAUCACACACCCAAAGACUAUGAUUUGGAGCACCUGAAACUGGACAAGUACGCUGCUGCCCCCCGCUUCUUGCGCCUGGAUGAAGACUCGGCUUACGCCGAACGCGGUCACCCGGCCCGCAUCGAAUUCUGGGUUUAUGGAUGCCCGCAGCCUAAGAUCACGUGGUUCUUCAACAACGAACAGGUGGACACCAGUCGUUACGACUUCUUGGAGGACAGGGGAGGACAGGUGAUCCUCUUCAUAACCCGGAUGAGGGAAGAGGACGUCGGCACCUACACCUGCAAAGCCGUCAACGAACACGGAGAGGCCCAGAGGAAAAUAGAGAUGAAAAUCGCCGAGAUGCCGAUAUUCACCAAGCGUCUGGAGCCCUGCACCACUCUCGCCCGCGGCAAGGCCGAGUUCCGAUGCAGGGCUAUUGGAACCCCCAAUCCCAAAAUCAGGUGGUUUAAGGACUGGCAGCCCCUCGCCGAGUCCUCUCGCUUCCACAUCCGGCAAGAAGAGCCGGACGUGUGCGUCCUCACCCUGUCUGACGCCAUUCUGAGGGAUGGCGGCCUCUACACUUGCACCGCUGCCAACGUGGCGGGAACAGCUACCACAUCCGCCAUGCUUACCGUGGAAGAAUGUGAAGAGCAGUACGGUUUCAAAACAUAUCAAAGACCCAGAGUGGUUAAAACUAGUCAGAAGCCUUUUGAAGAUUUCUAUGACAUUGGUGACGAGCUUGGAAGGGGAACCCAGGGUAUUACGUAUCACGUGGUGGACCGCCGCGACGGUCGCAGUUUGGCGGCCAAGGUGAUGCACGGGCCGGAGCACAUGCUGGACGUCAUGAGGUCGGAGUUGGACAUCAUGGGAGAGCUCUGCCAUCCGCGUCUUCUGAGGCUUCAAGAUGCCCACGAAACCAAAUCCUCACUCACCCUCACAGCGGAUCUAUGUGGAGGCGGAGAGCUGUUGCCCAACAUCCUGCACCGAGGCACGCUGACGGAAAGUUUAGUGGCGCAUUACGUGAAGCAGAUUCUGGAAGGUCUCAAACAUAUGCACCAGAAGAACAUAGCUCACCUGGGAUUAACGAUUGGAGACGUCCUGCUUACUCGUGUCAACGGCGACAACGUGAAAGUCGGAGACUUCGGCCUGGCUGCCCGACUUUACCCGGGCAGAGAAUUGGUGCAAGAGUACGGUCAUCCGGAGUUCGUGGCGCCUGAAGUCGCCAACAAACAACCCGUCUCGCUGGCCGCCGAUUUAUGGAGCGUUGGUAUCAUUAGCUAUAUCUUGUUAGUCGGGGAGUCUCCGUUCCUGCGAGAAAAUGACCGGGAGACGCUGAAGGCCGUGCAGCAAGGGAAAGCAGACUUCUUCCACGGAGGGUUCGCCGUGCUGUCGGACGAGGCCAGAGAUUUCGUCACCAAACUCCUACAACCGGAUCCCAGUCAACGAUUAGAUGUAGAUGCAGCAUUGAAACACAAGUGGUUACAGUUGGAUGAUAUACCAGAUAAAUGUGAUGAGUUGGAAAAUAUUGAUAGGCUAAAGGAAUAUUAUCGCAAGUGGAAGGCAUGGUACGCAAAUGCGCAGUGCAGAUGGUUCUACAGAAGACGCACCCUCGAAUCCUGCUUCACGCACCCGUCGAGGAUGAUCUACCCCCCGGAUGAAGUGUACACACCUCCCCUGACUCCGGACAGAGAGGUCGAGGGCCGGAGCCACUUCAAACCGGCCGCCUUCGACGACCUCACCUACAGGCAGAAAAUUGAGCGAGAGGUCAUUGAUCCAAGAUCGGAAAGCCACUACCAAAGCGGGCCGGAUACAUUCCUCCUUCCACUGCGUGAUCCAGACUUCCCAGUUCGCGUCCGGCGUUACCUGAAGGUGGCCGUCCGCGAGCGCCGUAAGUUCGUAGACGUGAUGGACGAGGAGAUCUGGGACGAGAAGCGAGGCGUGGGCGGGGCCAGCCCCCACCUGAGGAUCAGGCACGAGGUGGGCACACCGGGCUCUGAGUACGAGCACCACGAGCGGGAGCAGGCGAUCAUCAAGAGGAGGAGGCCGGGCACACUCAAAGGUUGGGCUCCGUUCUUCCGUGAGAAGAUCCGUCACUGCGCCGUGCGGGAAGGAGAAGAUGCCGUGUUCCGAUGUCGAGUGACCGCCCAACCCUCUGCGCAGGUGUCCUGGUUCCGAAAUGACGGAAUCCUGGUGGAAAGCUCGCGAAUACUGAUGGGCCAGUACUCCGACGGUCUCUGCACCUUGACCUUGAGACCGGCGAAAGCAUAUGACGUAGGCGUCUACAAGUGCGUGGCGCGUAACAGCCACGGAAUCACAACAUGCCGGGCCAGGCUUCACCUAGGAACUGCCCCCAACAAACCGGAUCCACCCCAUGCAGAUUGUUGCUCCGACACAGAGGUGCUCCUUCGAUGGAACAUGUCGAGGGACGAUGCCUUUGUCAUACCCACCUUAGGAUAUUCCAUUGAACAGAAACAGGAGGGCACGGAAGAGUGGACAAAGAUGUCUGGCGUUUUCCCGACUCACGAGUUUUACCUUGUUCGGGGCUUGAGUCCAGCCACAUCCUACCGAUUCAGGAUCCGAUCCAGGAACAAAUUUGGCUGGAGUGAUCUCAGUUCCCCUUCAGAACCCGUACUCACCCUAGCAGAAGCAUCUCCGAAAAUCGAGCUGUGCAGAGGCGAUCAGUUCCAUCAGGAGCAAGCAGAAAGUGGCAUAGACCCUGCCCUGAGCGAAGGGGAGGAGGAAGGACAAGAGCUGGAUUACCUCAGAGAGGAGGAACCCAUUAAGCUAGAGAAAAAGGAACCCACCGAAGUCUGCAACUACAUCUCAGAAAUUGCCAGGGGUCGUUUCUCGCUCGUGAUGAAGGUGUGGCACAAGGAAAAGAACACAGCGCUCGUGGCCAAAGCGAUCUCCCUGCAGAAGGACAAGGAUGCGGCUUGGCGGGAACUGAGCGCUCACUGCUCCCUGGUGCACGAGCACCUGCCACUGCUUCACGCCGCCCUGGAAGGCAGUGGAUCCAUGCUCUUCCUCAUCAUGGAGAAGUUGGAUGCCGUAGAUGUGCUGCGAGCUCUCUCUUCCAGAGCUCUCUACAGCGAAGAGGCGGUUUCGAGGAUCAUCAUACAGGUGCUGGACGCCAUUGAGUAUCUGCAUUUCCGUAAUUUGUGUUACCUAGAGCUACAGCCUGACAACGUCCUGCUCCUCAGGCCUUACUUCACCCGAGUGAAGCUGGUAGACUUCGGAAGCGUCCGAGAAGAAGAAUCCACCUUUCCUAAAGAACAAUCGCCUGCGUCGUGCCCAGAGUAUUUAGCUCCAGAAAUACUAAAAGGCGAAGACGUCAUCCAUACGCCAGCAGACAUUUGGAGUGUAGGCGUUCUUACGUACAUAUUACUUAGUGGUGUCUCACCAUUUGCCGGAGAGACUCCACAAGAGACGAAAGACAACGUGCAGUGGGUGCGGUACCAUUUCGACCACCUGCAUCGCGAGGCCAGCCCUGAAGCCACCCACUUCCUGAUGCAGCUCUUCAAGAGGACUCCACAGAAACGCCCGACGGCUUCCGAGUGCCUGGAGAACAAGUGGCUCCUCCCCGCGGAGUCCCUGAUCCGAAAGCGGGAAAAGACGCUGUUCCCAUCCCAUGCACUGAGAGAGUUCUCAGAGAAGUUCCAUUCCCAGAAGGCCGCCCAUACGCCCCAGCAUCUGCUCAACAUGUAUGGGAAGAAGGAAGAAGAGACGUCCUAGGAGGCAAUUUGAACAUAACAGCUGCACCUUGUUCCUGAAAACGGCGCCAAUGACUUCCUGAUCUGCUUAUCGAAUCACCGUUCUCGAAGACGCCUCAUAGCUCAUCAUUGGAUUCAAUCUGUGGAUUAAUUUGUUCUGUGAAAGAGUGCUAUAAGGGAUGGACUCGUGAACUGUUUCGCUUCGUACUAAAUUGUGCUUGCUCAACUUUGCUCAUUAUCUAGUCUAAUAAAUUGAAUGUUGU